UAACCAUCCAGAGCUGCCAACGCGAAAGUCCCUAAUAACAUCACUGCAGUGCCGCGCUCGGGUCACAGUUACAUCGCAAGAGCAUAAAAAAGCCGACAAGUUAAAAAUUAGCUCACGUUCGAAAAGUAAACACACCUAUACAUAAUCACGCGCCUUAUCGCAAUCAACUCGUGCAAGUGCAAAUCCCGAAAAACCGUUGGCUUUUCUCGCGCAUAUUCUACUCUUUUAUAUUAGGAUGACUUAUGUACGACGCGGCAGUUCUUGAGGCGAGUCGGCGAGUGAGAGCAAGAGAGAGAAAGGUGACACGUGGACGCGCGAGCGGAAUGAGAGAUGAUGAGCCCCCAGCUACAGUACUCCUCAGUCCUCAUAAGCAUUUGUAAGGGAUAACAAAUGGCUUUUCGGAACGUCGCUUGCACUUGAACAAACACAGAUUGACAGUCGAGGCACUGUGCCACGCGCGUCAUUUCAGACGUCAAAUUUUUCUUUCGACUGCGGAGAAGCGAAUUAUGGGAGCAAUUAAUAAUAAUAACUGUUUGAGCAGUAGGCCUUCUGUAACUUAAUGAGAAAACCGACGAGCUGAGAGCUGCGGCCUGUGAUCCUGCAGAGAGUCGAGAGGAAGAGUUAGUGAACGGUGUGUGAUUUCGAAACGCUGCGUUGCAGAGAGAGGAAUGUAAGAGACGAGACUUUUAUGAGAGGAAGAGUCUGUAGGUUUCAGUUCCUGUGGUGUAGAUACACUUCGCUAAUAACAUGAAUAAAAAGCAGAAUACCCAGCUGCUCAAAUAUGUCAGCUUGGUUACGCUCACUCUACAAAAUGCCCUGGUUGGCCUCAGCAUGCGAUAUGCUCGAACAAGAUCGGGGGACAUGUUUUUGUACUCUACAGCUGUGUUUAUGGCAGAGGUUGUAAAGCUGAUUACUUGUUUAUUCAUGGUGUUUCUGGAAGAAGGUAGUUUUUCCAAGUUUAUCAGUGCACUUGAUAAUACAGUUAUCAAACAGCCUAAGGACACUCUGAAAGUCUGUGUGCCAUCUUUAGUUUACGUCAUUCAAAAUAAUCUGCUUUAUGUAUCUGCAUCUAAUUUAGAUGCUGCCACAUAUCAGGUGACAUAUCAACUGAAGAUCCUAACUACGGCAUUUUUUGCGAUUGUGAUACUAAAAAGGACUCUGAAGAAAAUUCAGUGGGGAGCUUUAGUUAUACUACUUCUUGGAGUUAUACUGGUGCAAUUAGCUCAGAGUGGACCAAAAACAGUACCAUCUGGUAUCGAGCAGAACCAUCUGCUGGGUUUCACGGCAGCUUUGACUGCUUGUUUUCUUUCUGGAUUUGCUGGAAUUUAUUUUGAGAAAAUUCUCAAAGGAUCUGAAAUAUCUGUCUGGAUGAGAAAUGUACAAUUGAGUCUUCUCUCCCUACCUAUUGGAUUUUUGACUUGUCAUUUGAACGAUGGCAAAGUGAUACGGAAUCAAGGAUUCUUCUUUGGCUAUGACGGGUUCGUGAUAUACCUAGUACUGCUGCAAGCAUGCGGAGGAUUAAUAGUUGCGAUGGUUGUGAAACACGCAGACAAUAUUCUUAAAGGAUUCGCAACAUCUCUUGCAAUAGUGAUCUCAUGUGUAGCAUCCAUCUAUUUAUUCAAUUUCCAACUGACAUUACAAUUCACUCUAGGUGCAUCACUUGUCAUUUGUUCCAUUUUCAUGUACAGUCAUCAACCUAAGACCGCACCCAGUAGACAUUUAAUUUCCGAGAAGGAUUCAAAGGACACGUGUAGUUAAUUUCAAUGAAGAAAUAUACAGAGAACAAGAUGAUUUAUUUAGUAUUAAAGACAAUCUCAUUGCUGUAUGUUGAUACACGCUAUGAAAUGGUGUUGUGAUUUCCAUAUAUAGGGCAAUAUUAAGGAUCGAAUGUCUUUAUAAUUUGUAAUUCAAUAGAGCUAUUUUUGUAAGUAAAUUAAGUAAGACUCGAUGCAAUCUGAGAUUGACGAUUGUGUACAUAAGAAGUCUUAUUACACUGGAAGAUGUGUAUAUAAUAACUAAGUCUCGCGUAAGUCUAUAAGUAACGCUGUACUUAAUCGCAUGUAAGUCAGACUUUUUAAUUUUAAUAAAAUCGAUUUUUAUGAACACUCA